AUGAAUAUUGGUUUAAUUUUACUUAUUUUGUUCAAAUCUCCAAAAAGUUUUGGCUCCUAUCGAAUUUUGAUGAUUUAUAUAUCAGUAGCUGAAAUUAUAUAUUCGAAUUCACAGAUGUUUGUUUCACCUGUAAGUUUUUUGUCAUGUUAUUCAGAAAAUUGUUUCAUAUAUUCAUUUUAGACAGUCUACUCAUAUAAUUCAUCUUAUAUAGCAUUUGUCAGCAUCAAUAACUCGUGGUUUAAAAAUCGCGAAGUUAUCAGAAUUCUUCUUGAUGCUUGGUGUGCCAUGUUUGGAACAUUUAUGGGAAUGUUUGCACUUCAAUAUAUUUAUCGAUAUUUUGUUAUUAUGAAUAAUUCAAAAAUGUUGAACACUUUUAGUUCUUAUAAAAUCAUAAUUUGGAUGUCCCUUCCUCUAAUUUAUAUGGCAGUUUGGGGUACUGUAUGCUAUUACUAUUUUGCUCCAAAUUCUGAAUUCACAGAAUAUUUAAGACAAUCUAUGUUGGAAACUUACAAUUUGGAAAUGGAGGAAAUAGUUUACGUAGGUGCAAAUAUUUAUCAAACUGAUGAAAACGACAUGCAAAUUACUGAUUGGGAUGCAAUUUUGGGUAUUUUGAUAAUUUGGGCACUAUUAAUGUCAUCGCUAAUUAUGAUAAUUUAUUUCGGAGUUUCGUGUUAUUCAAAAAUCAGGAAAAAGUCAGAAGUCGGAUCUCGAAAGAAUAACAAUUUUCAAUUGCGAGUUUUUACUUCACUCGUUGUUCAAACUUUAGUUCCAGUUUUUCUAUUGCAUUUACCGGUCUCUGUCAUAUUUCUUUUCACAUUUCUAGAAUUGGACACAAAAAUACUAUUAUUUUUGAUUUUUGUAGCAGUAUCUGUAUUUCCCGCUAUUAAUCCCCUUCCGAUAAUUUUGAUUAUUCCUGAUUAUCGAAUUGCGAUUUAUCGAGUUUUUUGGAAAGUUGUAACUGGAAAGACAAUUACAUCAAACACAGUUCAGCAUUCAACCGUCGUUCAUAAAUUGAAAUUCAACACACAGAUUGAAUAA